UCCCUUGGCAGUGCAGAGUACAGUAUGUAAAUACAGGUUGAGGCUCCACCUCUUAGAGGUUUGAAUGGAUAGAAGAAGGUGGGGAAGGACCAAAAGAAAAGUGCGAGGAUCAGCAAAAAAUAUUCUGACACCUAGUGGCUGAACAGGGAAGAAAGAACACAGAGGUGGCAAAAAAGAAUACUCACUAGAGUGUGAGCCUGCUGUGCUCGUUUGGCAUGGGAAAAGGGGGCGGGUGGAAGUCAGAAAACAAGCAUGAGUUUGUCAAACCUGCACACUCCUCCAUCCACAACACUCCUCCUUCAUUCCUCCAUCCUGUUUACCUACUUGAAAGCUUUCAAAGGACCUCUGUGUACGUAAGUCCUAAGCAAGGAUAUUAGGUGAGGGGGAGUACAAAUAGUAGGCACCAUCACAACAUCUCCCACCUAAGAAUAAGCUCGGAAGAAGAAGAGCAUAGUGGAUCAGUGGGUGCAGACAUGCCUUGCAAAUUCUUUCUUUUUCUCUCACUUGGGCUUUUCUUGCCAAGCUCUAAUGCUGGAAGACAGAUGCCUAAACUUUCUGCUAGAAAACUCUGCGCUGACUCAGAAUGCAGCUAUCCUAUCCUGAUAGCUCGUGCUGUGCAGGACUACAACCCCGCAGACUGCAGGUUCAUCUCCAUCAGACAGGGGCAGCUAGUUUAUGUCUACGGCAUGCUACAGGACACUGGCAACCUCUUCUGGGCAGGCAGCGUUCAGGAUUCCUAUUAUGGAGGACAGGAGGCUCAUAUUGGUCACUUUCCAAGCAGCGUGGUGGAGGAGGUUCAAGCUCUCGAGCCAGCCAAAACAGAAGUGAAGACGACCAAAUGGGACUUUUACUGUAAGUAAAAUGGGAUCCCCAAGGAAAACAAAAUUCUGGACAUUACAAGAUUUUACAGCCGCCACUUCAGUAGGAUCUAUCGCAAAGUUCUUGUUCUAGUUGUAAGAAAUCACUGCAUUGUGUUUAUAGCCGUUUCUAAUAUUCUGGUUAUUUUAUGAAGAAAAUAGGGGGGCUUUAGUAUAAUGCAUUGCAACUCAUGGUAAAUAAGGGCCAAAUGUCGGCUCAGUCCUGGCAAGCUUGCUUUUCUCAUGUAGAAGCUUUUAAGCCAUCAUCCAAUAAAAUAACAUUUUCAUUUGGGAACCUCAGGCAAAAAAAUAUUUGUUGGUUGAAAAUGCAUUCCUACAUCAGUGGUUUUA